AUGAAGCGAAAGUCCAUCUCAAGCGACGUCGUCUCGGCGCUGGCCGGCGUCGAGGUGGCCUUCGAGCCGCUGCGCCGCCACGCCGACGACGCGUCGCUGCCGCGCGCCUGCCAGCAGAAGAUCAAGGCCGUCCAAGCAGCGAUCGCCGACCUGCGCAAGGAGCUCACGUCGCCCUCCAAGAAGCCCAAGUCGGACGACAAGAGCGAGUUUGUCUGCGUGAAAACAGCCAUGGCGCAGCUGCAGAUGCGCAUCCAGGCCGAGCAGACCACGGGCAAGGUCGACGCAGACGCGACCGAGUCGGAAUCGGACGAACCCAAACCGUCGAUGCCCGCGCCAAAACGCCUGCGGCGUCCCGUGCCUGCGCGCCAAGACGACGACACUGCGUCGGAGGAGGACGUCUUGCCACGUGUGUCAUCGCCGCCCGUGCGCGUCAAGGUCGAGCCAACGUCGCCUGUCCCGUCCGUGCCCUUCAACACGGAGGUGGCCAGCGACGUCUUUGGUGGCGGCUGGAACGACGACGACAACAGUACAGAGAAUGGCAGCGACGAAGACGAAGUCGCCGACGUGCAGGAGCCUGCAGCUUUAAAGGUUUCUGCGGUGGCUGACCAAGAAGCGUCCGAGGACGACGAAGCCCCCGAGGACGAGGCAGCUACGGCGAUGAAAGCAACCUCCGUUGUCAAAGCUGCACCGGCGAAUGACGCAGCAUCCGAGAGCGACGCAGCGUCAGAGAGUGAAGUCGAAGACGAGGACAUGGACGCCACGCAAGACGAGGAAGUCGAAGUGAGCAUCAAGGAAGAACCCGGCGCGGAGCUCAGUGCGAUGUCGACGCCAUUUCUGCAGCCGGCGCCGUCGCCGCCCAAGCCGACGAAGAUGCUGUCCCUCGCAGCCCCCGUCAAGGUCGAGGUCAAGACAGAGGCGGUUGUCAAAGUCAAGCCAUCCCUGGUCAUCGAGACAUCGCCGCCACCGCGUAUCCUCUCGGAGCUCGACUCGAUUGCCAUCAACCACGUCCACCUGGCUUUGAGCUCUUGCUCCGAAGAAGAAGACGACGAGGAAGAAGAGGUCGAAGUCGAGGAAGAUGUCGAAGUCGAGGAAGACGUCGAAGACACCGAGGAAGAUGAGAAGGAAGAGCACAAGGAGGCUGAAACGGAAGAGAGCGACCAGGACGACGAGGGGGAAGCAGGUGACGAUGGGGACGCGACCGUCGACACGACAAAGCCGCCCGCGCGGACCUUCCACCCCGUGCCCGUGCGACGCCCGUCGACGCCGCCGUCGUCCGACUCGGAGGAUGAUGACGAGCCUUUCCCGAAGAAGCACCUCGUGAGCGCGCCCAAGAUCUCGGCCGACCUCUGGCCGUCGCUCAGCGAGCUCUACAGGGCGAUCGUGCAUCCGUCGAAACCCGAGCUCCUCCCGAAAAAGUUUGCAUUUCCGGCAACGUACGCGAGUCUGGACGAGUACAUGGACAACAUGAAGCGAGCGAUCUUGGAGGAGGCGCUCACGGGCAUCCAGGACGUCAACCAGCACGGCGGCGGCGCGGACAAGGUCCGGUUCCUCUCACUGAGCGAAUACACAAAAGGCCUCCAGCUCGCAGCGUUCUCGCUGCCCGAGCACCUCGUCUUGACCAACAACGAUAUGGUCGAGCUCUGCCGCAUCAAGAACAAGCGCCCGUCGCCAUUGCGGGGCGUGGUCUACUCGGCCGCCAACACCAACAACAAGGAAGUGACGAUCGUUCUGUCCGAGAAGCACCAGAUUGAAGCCGGCGCCUACUCAAUCAAGAUCCUCUCGAACCUCACGACGUGCUCCCGCGAGUACCAAGCCGUGUUGUCACUGCCGACGCUGCCGCUCAUGCUGCGCAACCUCAUUGUCGCCGCCGAGGUCCCGACGUCGAGCCUCGGCCGCGGCGCCGGCGUGCGCCCGCUCAUGCUGGCCGCGCUGCAAGAGAAAUACAACAAGUCGCAGCUCCGAGCGAUCCAGUCGGCCGUCGAGCGGCCAUUGACGCUCAUCCAGGGCCCGCCAGGCACGGGCAAAACCCGAACGAUUGUCGGGCUCAUUGGUGCGCUCUUGAGCGGGUCGGGCAUGCAGGCGACGACGCAAGCCAACGCACGCGUCUGCGUCGGCGCGUCACUCGGUCUGCAGCUCUCGGAGAAGGACCGCGCGGCGAUGGCGGUCCGGCUUCUCGUCACGGCGCCGAGCAACGCCGCCGUCGACGUCAUCAUCCAGCGGCUCCAGGCCGACGGCGUCUUCAACGUCAAGACCAAGACGUACGAAGUGCCGACGAUGGUGCGGAUCGGGUCGAUGCCAGGGCUCAAGCAGACGCCGACGUCGCAGCGCCACAAGAAGCAGUACAAACAGACGUCGGCGGCGUCCAUUUACCUCGAUCAGCUCGUCGAGCAGCAGCACGGCCAGCGGCGUGAGCAAAACUGGAACCCGAUGCAGGUCCGCCAAGAAAUUUUGCAGAAAGCCCAAAUUGUGUUUUGCACGCUCUCGGGCGCGGGCUCGAUCUCCAUGUGCGACUUCCGGCAGAGCUUUGACGCGGUGAUCGUCGACGAAGCCGCGCAGGCGACCGAAGCGAGCUCGCUCAUCCCGCUCAAGUUUCAAGCGACGCGCUGGAUCCUUGUCGGCGACCACAAACAGCUCCCCGCGACCGUGCUCUCGCCGCGCUUGAUGCGCAUGGGGUACGAGACGAGCAUGUUCCAGCGCCUCGUCGCGUCCAACGACGUGCACUUUCUCACGAAGCAGUACCGUAUGCACCCGCACAUUGCCCAGUUCCCGUCGGCCAUGUUUUACGACGGCCAGCUGCAGCACGGCGGCGUGCCCCGGGCGCGGCCGUACCACGCGACGCCGGCAUACGGCCCGUAUGUGUUCUACGACAUCGUGCAGGGCGAGCAGAGCAAGGCCGAGGGGUCGACGUCGUACCGGAACCUGCCCGAAGUCGCGUUCAUCGUGUCGCUCGUCAAAGGCCUCGUGCAGUCGCACCCGGACUACGCGUUUCGCGGCAAAAUUGGCGUCAUUUCGCCCUACAAGUCGCAGAUCCACGAGCUCUCGACGGCCUUUCUCAAACUCAACUAUGGCCAGCUCGUUGAGGUCAACACCGUCGACGGCUUCCAGGGCCGUGAAAAGGAAAUCAUCAUCGUCUCGUGUGUCCGGACCGUGCGCGGCCGAGAGAACGCGUUCUGGGGCGACACGCGCCGCAUGAACGUGGCGUUGACGCGCGCCAUCGCGAGCUGCUGGGUCGUCGGCAACUCGGCGCUCCUGAGCCAGAACACGGCGUGGUGUACGCUCAUCGAAGACUGCAAGGCGCGCCAGUGCUACCGCAGCGUCGACCUCUAG